CAAAGAUGGCCAGAAUGUCUCUGGCAACCCUGGUGCCUCUAGGCGCUGACUGCCUGCACCCCUUUACCCGGGAGUCCCUGGCUGCCAUAGAACAGCGGGCCAGAGAGGAAGAAGCCCGGCAGCUGCGCAACAAGCAGAUGGAGAUCGAGGACUCCGAGCGCCAGCCACGCAGUGACCUAGAGGCCGGCAAGAGCCUACCCCUCAUCUAUGGUGACCCCCCACCAGAGGUCAUCGGCAUCCCCCUGGAGGACCUGGACCCCUACUACUGUGACAAGAAGACCUUCAUUGUGCUCAACAAGGGCAAGGCCAUCUUCCGCUUCUCCGCCGCACCUGCUCUUUACGUGCUAAGCCCCUUCAGCAGCAUCAGGCGUGGUGCCAUCAAAGUGCUCAUCCACUCGCUGUUCAGCAUGUUCAUCAUGAUCACAAUCUUGAGCAACUGUGUGUUCAUGACCAUGAGCGACCCACCUCCCUGGUCCAAGAAUGUGGAGUAUACCUUCACAGGGAUCUACACCUUUGAGUCCCUCAUCAAGAUACUGGCCCGAGGCUUCUGCAUUGACGACUUCACAUUCCUCCGGGACCCCUGGAACUGGCUGGACUUCAGCGUCAUCAUGAUGGCGUACCUCACGGAGUUUGUGGAUUUGGGCAACAUCUCAGCCCUGAGGACCUUCCGAGUGCUGCGGGCCCUGAAGACCAUCACAGUCAUCCCAGGCCUGAAGACGAUCGUAGGGGCCCUGAUCCAGUCGGUAAAAAAGCUGUCAGAUGUCAUGAUCCUCACCGUCUUCUGCCUGAGUGUCUUUGCCCUGGUGGGGCUGCAGCUCUUCAUGGGAAACCUGAGGCAGAAGUGUGUGCGCUGGCCCCCGCCCUUCAAUGAUACCAACACCACGUGGUACGGCAAUGACACAUGGUAUGGCAAUGACACGUGGUACGGCAAUGACACAUGGUACAACAACGACACAUGGUACGGCAAUGACACAUGGUACAGCCAUGAGAGUUGGGUCAGCAACUUCACCUUUGACUGGGAUGCCUACAUCAAUGAUGAAGGGAACUAUUAUUUCCUGGAGGGCUCCAACGACGCCCUGCUUUGUGGGAACAGCAGUGACGCUGGGCACUGCCCCGAGGGUUAUGAGUGCAUCAAGGCUGGGCGGAACCCCAACUAUGGCUACACCAGCUACGACACCUUCAGCUGGGCCUUCCUGGCUCUCUUCCGCCUCAUGACACAGGACUAUUGGGAGAACCUCUUCCAGCUGACCCUGCGAGCAGCCGGCAAGACCUACAUGAUCUUCUUCGUGGUCAUCAUUUUCCUGGGCUCCUUCUACCUCAUCAACCUGAUCCUGGCAGUGGUGGCCAUGGCGUAUGCUGAACAGAACGAGGCCACGCUGGCCGAGGCCCGCGAGAAAGAGGAGGAGUUUCAGCAAAUGCUAGAGAAGUUCAAAAAGCAACAGGAGGAACUAGAGAAGGCCAAGGCCGCCCAAGCUCUGGAAGGUGGGGAGGCAGAUCGGGACCCAGCCCACGGCAAAGACUGCAAUGGUAGUGUGGACACGGGCCCGGGGGAGAAGGGGCCCCCGCGGCAGAGCUGCGGCGCAGACAGUGCAGUCUCGGAUGCCAUGGAUGAGCUGGAAGAGGCCCACCAGAAGUGCCCGCCGUGGUGGUACAAGUGCGCCCACACGGUGCUCAUAUGGAACUGCUGCGCUCCCUGGAUGAAGUUCAAGCACAUCAUCUACCUGAUCGUCAUGGACCCCUUCGUUGACCUGGGCAUCACCAUCUGCAUCGUGCUUAACACCCUCUUCAUGGCCAUGGAACAUUACCCCAUGACAGAGCACUUUGACCACGUGCUCACCGUGGGCAACCUGGUCUUCACAGGCAUUUUCACGGCUGAGAUGGUACUGAAGCUGAUCGCCAUGGACCCCUAUGAGUAUUUCCAGCAGGGCUGGAACAUAUUCGACAGCAUCAUCGUCACCCUCAGCCUGGUGGAACUGGGCCUGGCCAACGUGCAGGGGCUGUCUGUGCUGCGCUCCUUCCGACUGCUACGGGUCUUCAAGCUGGCCAAGUCGUGGCCAACACUGAACAUGCUCAUCAAGAUCAUCGGCAACUCAGUGGGGGCGCUGGGCAACCUGACGCUGGUGCUGGCCAUCAUCGUGUUCAUCUUCGCCGUGGUGGGCAUGCAGCUGUUUGGCAAGAGCUACAAGGAGUGUGUGUGCAAGAUCGCCGCUGACUGCAGCCUGCCCCGCUGGCACAUGUACGACUUCUUCCACUCCUUCCUCAUCGUCUUCCGCAUCCUGUGCGGCGAGUGGAUUGAGACCAUGUGGGACUGCAUGGAGGUGGCCGGCCAGGCCAUGUGCCUCACCGUCUUCCUCAUGGUCAUGGUCAUCGGCAAUCUUGUGGUCCUGAACCUGUUCCUGGCCCUGCUGCUGAGCUCCUUCAGCGCAGACAGCCUGGCGGCCUCAGACGAGGACGGCGAGAUGAACAACCUGCAGAUCGCCAUCGGGCGCAUCAAGUGGGGCGUCGCCUUCACCAAGGCCUUCCUCCUGGGCCUGGUGCACGGCAAGGUCCUGAGCCCCAAGGAGAUCAUGCUCAGCCUCGGGGAGCCCCGCGAGGCAGCGGAGGCUGGGGAGAGUGCCCCUGAGGAGGAGAAGAAGGAGCCGCCGCCCGAGGAGGGAGACAAGGACCUGAAAAAGGACGAUCACAUCCUGAACCACAUGGGCCUGCCUGACAGCUCUCCCACCAGCGUCGAGCUGGACCACCUCAACUUCAUCAACAACCCCUACCUGACCAUUCAGGUGCCCAUCGCCUCUGAGGAGUCGGACCUGGAGAUGCCCACAGAAGAGGAGACUGACACCUUCUCGGAGCCUGAGGAUGGCAAGAAGCAGCCGCAGAUACAGCCCCUCUACGACGGAAACUCCUCUGUCUGCAGCACGGCUGACUACAAGCCCCCCGAGGAGGACCCUGAGGAGCAGGCUGAGGAGAACCCUGAGGGGGAGCAGCCUGAGGAGUGCUUCACUGAAGCCUGUGUCCAGCGUUUCCCUUGCCUCUAUGUGGACAUCUCUCAGGGCCACGGGAAGAAAUGGUGGACCCUCCGCAGGGCCUGCUUCAAGAUUGUCGAGCACAACUGGUUCGAGACCUUCAUUGUCUUCAUGAUCCUGCUCAGCAGCGGGGCCUUGGCCUUCGAGGACAUCCACAUCGAGCAGCGGCCCGUCAUUCGCACCAUCUUGGAAUACGCUGACAAGGUCUUCACCUACAUCUUCAUCAUUGAGAUGCUGCUCAAGUGGGUGGCCUAUGGCUUCAAGGUGUACUUCACCAACGCCUGGUGCUGGCUUGACUUCCUCAUCGUUGAUGUCUCCAUCAUCAGCCUGGUGGCCAACUGGUUGGGCUACUCGGAGCUAGGACCCAUCAAAUCCCUGCGGACGCUUCGGGCCCUGCGUCCCCUGAGGGCACUGUCCCGAUUCGAGGGCAUGAGGGUGGUGGUGAAUGCCCUCCUAGGAGCUAUCCCCUCCAUCAUGAACGUGUUGCUCGUCUGCCUUAUCUUCUGGCUCAUCUUCAGUAUCAUGGGGGUCAACCUGUUUGCCGGCAAGUUCUACUACUGCAUCAACACCACCACCUCUGAGAGGUUCGACAUCUCCGAGGUUAACAACAAGUCUGAGUGCGAAAGCCUGAUGCACACGGGUCAGGUCCGCUGGCUCAAUGUCAAGGUCAACUACGACAACGUGGGCCUGGGCUACCUCUCCCUCCUGCAGGUGGCCACCUUCAAAGGUUGGAUGGACAUCAUGUAUGCAGCUGUGGACUCCCGGGAGAAGGAGGAACAGCCAGAAUACGAAGUGAACAUCUACAUGUACCUCUACUUCGUCAUCUUCAUCAUCUUUGGCUCCUUCUUCACCCUCAACCUCUUCAUUGGCGUCAUCAUUGACAACUUCAACCAGCAGAAGAAGAAGCUUGGAGGGAAAGACAUCUUCAUGACGGAAGAACAGAAGAAAUACUACAAUGCCAUGAAGAAGCUGGGCUCCAAGAAGCCUCAAAAACCAAUUCCCCGGCCCCAGAACAAGAUCCAGGGCAUGUUGUAUGACCUUGUGACGAAGCAGGCAUUUGACAUCACAAUCAUGAUCCUCAUCUGCCUCAACAUGGUCACCAUGAUGGUGGAGACGGACGACCAGAGCCAGCUCAAGGUGGACAUCCUGUACAACAUUAAUAUGAUCUUCAUCGUCAUCUUCACGGGGGAAUGUGUGCUCAAGAUGCUCGCCCUGCGCCAGUACUACUUCACCGUCGGCUGGAAUAUUUUCGACUUUGUGGUUGUCAUCCUGUCCAUUGUGGGCCUGGCGCUCUCCGAACUGAUCCAGAAAUACUUCGUGUCACCAACGCUGUUUCGUGUGAUCCGCCUGGCUCGGAUUGGGCGUGUCCUGCGGCUGAUCCGUGGGGCCAAGGGCAUCCGUACGCUGCUCUUUGCCCUCAUGAUGUCACUGCCUGCCCUCUUCAACAUCGGUCUCCUCCUCUUCCUGGUCAUGUUCAUCUACUCCAUCUUCGGCAUGUCCAACUUUGCCUAUGUCAAGAAAGAGUCAGGCAUCGAUGACAUGUUCAACUUUGAGACCUUUGGCAACAGCAUCAUCUGCCUCUUUGAGAUCACCACAUCAGCUGGCUGGGAUGGGCUCCUCAACCCCAUCCUCAACAGUGGGCCCCCUGACUGUGACCCCAUGCUAGAGAACCCGGGCACCAGUGUCAGAGGUGACUGCGGCAACCCCUCCAUUGGCAUCUGCUUCUUCUGCAGCUACAUCAUCAUCUCCUUCCUCAUUGUGGUCAACAUGUACAUUGCUAUCAUCCUGGAGAACUUCAACGUGGCCACUGAAGAGAGCAGUGAGCCCCUCUGUGAGGAUGACUUCGAGAUGUUCUAUGAGACGUGGGAGAAGUUUGACCCUGAAGCCACACAGUUUAUUGCCUACAGCCGCCUCUCUGAUUUCGUGGACACCCUGCAGGAUCCACUUAGGAUUGCUAAGCCCAACAAGAUCAAGCUCAUCACACUGGACCUGCCCAUGGUGCCAGGGGACAAGAUCCACUGCCUGGACAUCCUCUUUGCACUGACUAAAGAAGUCUUGGGAGACUCUGGGGAAAUGGAUGCCCUCAAACAGACCAUGGAGGAGAAGUUCAUGGCGGCCAACCCCUCCAAGGUGUCCUACGAGCCCAUCACCACCACCCUCAAGAGGAAGCAUGAGGAGGUAUGCGCCAUCAAGAUCCAGAGGGCCUACCGCCGGCACCUGCUCCAGCGCUCUGUGAAGCAGGCAUCCUACAUGUAUCGCCACAGCCAGGAUGGCAAUGGGGAGGGGGCCCCGGAGAAGGAGGGGAUGAUCGCCAACACCAUGAACCAGAUGUAUGGCCAUGACAAUGGGAACAGCAGCGUGCAAAGUAAGGGUGAGAAGAAGCCCUCAACAGAGGACACCAGACCUGCCAUGGGGCUCGCAGCUAUUGGCCCUUCAGGCACUGGUCAUCCUCCCUCUCAACCACUGGGGCAGCCAGUGCGCCCAGGGGUCAAAGAGUCUCUUGUCUAGCAGGCAGCAGAAGUGACCAGCUGAGCCUUGGCACAAUCCCACAAGUAACCCAUGCUGCCUGCAUGCUGAAGGAGCAGGACUUUGAAUAUGGGACUUCCUCUUGGGGGGCAAGAUUUGGCCAUGCUGGGGCUGACCCCCAGGCCCAAGCACCUGCCCCCCGCCCGGGCCAUGGGAAAUGGAAUUGCUCUCAGGGGCUCCGUGCUGGGCCUGAGGUCCCUGGCACCAUGAGUUUGCCUUCAAGUUGCUCUAACCUCCUCAUGGGCCUUGCAGCCCUCCUCUUGACCCGGGCGGAUGUUAGAACGUCAGAUUCUGUGCCCCCAGCUUGGGGAGGAGCCGGCCUACAAUGAAGGGAUUGGCUACCCUCCUUUCUCCAGAGUCUUAAGGACUAUUGCCUCUCCCUAUAAAGUGACUCAGGAUCCCCAACCCCAUCCCAGACAAAGAUGUCUUAACCCCAGGGUGCUGCCAAGGGUACAACUUCCCUCUGUGCGCUCAGGGAUUCCCCGGAAAAGAUAAAUGUCACUGGUCCAGAAAUGGCUCCACAAACCCGAUUGGCCACUGGAUCCUGAUGCAUUGGACUGGGAUUAUGGCCCCUGAAACCAUUUCUUGGGCCCUGUCCAGUCUCACAGCUCCCCUGGCUGGCCCCUAGGGAAAAAGCAGAAGGAAGGAUUCCACUCGACAAUUGUCUUUUUCUAGGAAGCUUCAAUGGGUGGUACAGAUUGGGUCCUCCCGGCUGUAUGGCUGCUCUGGGGGCUUUUCUUGGACUGAGCAUCCACAUCUGGGGAGGGGUCAGGGACGUUGAUGCUCGGUAGGGAGAUUCUUGUUCCCUCAUUCCCUUCCUCAUUCCUUCAUUAGUGCCACUGGGGCUCCUUGAAGCCCCAUCAAACCGCAGAGAGCUCCUCCUUCUAUUUCUCCCCAUACCCAUCCCUUCCGUCCUCCUCAUCCUUUCUUUCCCCUCCUCAAAGUGAUCCUAAGAAUGUUCUGGUUGAGCUCAUGUUAGAGAUUUUGACACUGGGACAUACUACAGGAAAAUCUCACCUGGCUUAGGCUCAACUUUGCCACUUCCUGCUGCCUGGGAAGCCAGACAGCACUUCUGCUGGCCCAGCUGAUCUGGGCAUGGCAGUGCCAGAAAAACAGACAGCUGAGCUUGAAGGAGAGACUGAGAGAUCUGCUCGGGUGUUGCUGGAUUUAUUCACUUGUGUGUGCACCUUUAUGGCCUCUGUAUCUGCUUGUAUGUCUGUGUGUGUACCUACAGUUGUGUGUGUUCAAAUAUGUGAGUAUGUGUGUAUGUAAGCCACUGUGUACCAUGAAGCCUGCAUAUGUGUGUGUAUGGGUAUAUUUGUGUAUAUGUGUGUCAUGGUGUUCCUAUAGUGACUGAAGAUCCCUGUGUGAAUACAGGCUGGUGUGUAUGUGUCCACUCUGCAAGCCUGUUCAUGUAAGAGUAACUGUAUGUGUGAGUGUGAGCUUGUGCCAUGAGUAUGUGUAUGGGUACUUUUGUGUGUAUGUGUGUCAUUGUGCUCCUAUAGUGUAUAAAGUUCCUUGUGUGAGUACAGGCUGGUGUGUGUGUGUCCUCUGCUCAGACUUGUUUGUGUGCCUGUGUGUGUGCAUGUGAGCCUGUGCCGUGAGUGUUUGUAUGUGCAUAUUUGUGUGUAUUGUGUUAUUGUGCCCCCAUAACGUCUGAAGGUCCAUGUAUGAGUACAGGCUGGUGCAUGUGUGUCCUCUGUGCAGACCUGUUCCUGUGUGUGUGCCUGAAUGUGUGAACCUGUGCCAUGACUGUGUAUAUGGGUAUGAACACAUGUGGUACGAUUUGUACUUUGAGUCCUGUGUUGGCUUAAGUUCCUCUUCUUUUUCUUCUUGUUUCUUGUAACUAGUUUGAUUAAAACUCAGGAAACAGCAAAACCUUCAAAACAAGAUGUGCGUGUGUUUAUAUGUGUGCAUGUCCAUAGGCCAACUCUCUUACCUCCUCCCCAUCCUGCCUGGGCAUCCCUUCCUCUCACUCCCCAUGGAGGCUAGUCUUCCCCCUUCCUCUGUUUUUCUUCAUCACACCCAUUGUCCCAGCCCAGUUCUCCAUCUCCCGUCUGUGUCCCCUCUGUGGAAAGAGGCCUCAACUCCUUCCAUCUCUACUUGCAGUGAUUCUUUCUCUUCCUUCAGAAGGUUCAUCCAAUCGGGGUUAGCCUCCUCCCUGCCCAGCACCCUGCCCCACUGUCUUUUCCACCUGGGCCCCGAACUGGCAUAGCCCCAAGAGAAAUCUCUUGGGAAGUCUCUUGGACUAGACCUUCUUCACUGAACUGUGCAGGCUGCAGAGGAAGAAUGGAUGAGCAGGGUCCAGAUCUCCCCUUGCCCAUGGCCCCUCCACUGCAGAUCCACACCUGUUCUUGCCAGGCCAGCAGAUGGGCUCUUUUGUACCGUUCUUACAAUAAAUCCUACCCUGGUGCCUCUGAUGCGUGGGCUUCUCCCUUCCAUGCCUGUGCGUGUGGAUGUCGACAGGGACUGAGGACAAGAAGAAAAGAGGCUGGUGGGGAUUGAAGCUAAGUGGAGAAGACAUGAGGAGGUUCCUGGAGGGUUGGAAGGGCAAAAUAAGGAGAACCCCAACAACCUGCUAUGGCUCAGACUGGCCCUCUCCUGCCCCCCUCCAAAAGCCUCUUAGCUGAAAACCAAGAGGCCAGAUAGAGUCGGGGGUCAUGGCCUUCUCCACCAACGGGCAGCACCAUGACAACACCCAGGAAACAUGUUGUAGGGACCCUUGCUCCCCAACCCCUCCUUUCCAGGAGACCUCCCCCUCUCAGAGACCUCAAGGUGCCUAUAGGGCACCCUGUGCGGUACCCCUCUGCAACGUUGCCUCUGACCUA